ACUGCCACACACAUGACACAACACACGACUAUCCUAUUACUCUGAUAUUUCAAACCCCAAAAUCCUUCUAUGCCUCUCUCGCCUUUGGCAUCCUUUGUUCUACGAUAACUCACCAAUUUUCUCUCUUCUCCCCCGGCCUCCCACAGCUUUUUCUUUCAACAUCUUCGAAAUCAUUUCUUGUGAACUUGUUUAGGGGAGAACAUACAGUGUUUAUUAUCCAGUUCCGAAAAUAAGAUGAGAGAAGACAAAGGAAGGCUGACUAGUGUGAGGUUGGGAGGAGUGUCUCUCUCGCCUUUAAAAUUAGGCAACAUGAUGCAUUUGGAUGCCAACAUUUCUCUCGCCACCACCAAAAUCGACGAUGAUUUCUCUGACACGAAAGGCGGUUUCGGUGCCUAUGAGCAAGCCCGGUUAAGCGGGGAAGGCUCCCCCAUCAUGAUGUCGCCUUGGAACCAUAAUUCGCCUUUCACUCCUUGGUCCAACUUUGCUGCAGUCCAGAAUCCAGAUGUGCCCCAAACAAAACCUCCUCAAAUUGCACUCACGGGCUCCCUUGUCCGCGAAGAAGGUCACAUUUACUCGCUUGCAGCCACUCGUGAUCUCUUGUACACAGGCUCCGACAGCAAGAACAUUAGAGUCUGGAAGAGUUUGAAAGAGUUCUCGGCUUUUAAGUGCAACAGUGGCCUGGUUAAGGCCAUUAUUAUCUGCGGUGACAAGAUCUUCACAGGUCAUCAAGAUGGCAAGGUCCGGGUCUGGAAAGUCCAGGCUAGGAAUCCUAACGUCCACAGACUCUCUGGCACAUUACCCACCCUUAUGGACAUCUUCAGAUGCUCAAUCAAGCCCAAGAACUACGUGGAGGUGAAGCGGAACAAGACUUCUGUUUGGAUCAAACAUGGCGAUGCCAUUUCUUCGCUGAGCAUGAACCAGGAAAAAGGCCUUCUCUACUCUGCUUCAUGGGACAGGACAUUCAAGGUAUGGAAAGUAGACAAUUCUAAGUGCCUUGAAUCCGUGAAAGCCCACGAAGACGCUGUCAAUUCUAUUGUCACUGGAGCGAAUGACACGGUCUUCACCGGCUCAGCGGAUGGGAGUGUCAAGGUGUGGAGAAGGGAAGCAUAUAAAAAAGGCACAAAACACAUUUUUGUACAAACACUCCUGAGUCAAGAGUGUGCUGUAACUUCUUUAGCUUUCAAUGAAACAACUUCGGUUCUGUACUGCGGUUCUUCAGACGGCGUGCUAAACUUUUGGCAUUGCGAGAAACAUUUGUCACAUGGCGGAGUCCUUAAGGGACACAGGUUAGCUGUUUUGUGUCUUGCAGCUGCUGGAAACUUGGUGCUGAGUGGCUCAGCAGACAAGACAAUUUGUGUGUGGAAGAAAUUGGAGGGUUCAGCUCACACUCGCCUCUCCGUCUUAACGGGUCACACCGGACCUGUUAAAUGUUUAGCGGUUGAGAAGGAUGAGGCCAUAUCCGAAACAGAUGAUCAGCAAUGGGUAGUUUAUAGUGGGAGUUUAGACAAGUCGGUCAAAGUAUGGAGUGUAUCAGAGCAAUCUCCUGAGUUGAGUGAGAUGCAGCAACAUGGAGUUUCUAGAUGGGGGGCCAUUCCAUCUGCAAAAUAUUGAAAUCCAUAUUGAAAUCCUUGAGGUCCAUUAUGCUUGUGAAUUGUGAAUUGUGAUUGCGAUUUCAAUUGGUGGUCCAUGGAUGUGAGAUGGGCUCGCUUAGCUAGGAGUAGACUGUAGAGUACGUAAGGAAUAAUAUUCUCCUUUUGUGGCCUAUUAUUAUUCACAAUAUUGUGUAUGGUAUUCACACCAAAUGCCAAUCAACGAUGCUUAUUAUUUUUAUAA